UCCCAAAAUCCCGGUUUUUCCCCCAAAAUUCCCGUUUUCCCCGCAGAGAGCGGCUCCGUGUUCGCCUUCGGGGAGAACAAGCUGGGCCAGCUGGGGCUGGGGAACCAGACGGACGCCGUGCCCAGCCCCACCCAGAUCCUGUACAAUGGGCAGCCGAUCUCCAAGCUGGGCUGCGGGGCCGAGUUCAGCAUGGUCAUGGACUGCAAGGGGAACCUGUAUUCCUUCGGGUGCCCCGAGUACGGCCAGCUGGGGCACAAUUCCGACGGGAAGUUCAUCGCGCGGGCGCAGCGCAUCGAGUACGACUGCGAGCUGCUGCCGCGGCGCGUGGCGCUCUUCGUGGAGCGCACCAAGGACGGGCAGGUGCUGCCCGUGCCCAACGUCGUGGUCAGGGACGUGGCCUGCGGGGCCAACCACACGCUGGUGCUGGACUCCCAGAAGCGCGUGUUCUCCUGGGGCUUUGGUGGCUACGGGCGCCUGGGCCACGCGGAGCAGAAGGACGAGAUGGUUCCCAGGCUGGUGAAGCUCUUCGACUUCCCGGGGCGCGGCGCCGCCCAGAUCUACGCGGGAUACACCUGCUCCUUCGCCGUCAGCGAGACCGGUGGGCUGUUCUUCUGGGGUGCCACCAACACCUCCCGGGAGUCCACCAUGUACCCCAAGGCCGUGCAGGACCUGUGCGGGUGGAAGAUCCGCAGCCUGGCCUGCGGGAAGAGCUCCGUCAUCGUGGCGGCCGACGAGAGCACCAUCAGCUGGGGGCCCUCACCGACCUUUGGGGAGCUGGGAUAUGGGGACCACAAACCCAAAUCGUCCACGGCGGCGCAGGAGGUGAAAACCCUGGACGGGAUCUACACCGAGCAGGUGGCCAUGGGCUAUUCCCACUCCCUGGUGAUCGCCCGGGACGAGUCGGAGGCGGAGCAGGAGAAGCUGCGGAAGCUCCCGGAGUACAACCCCCGCACCCUCUGAGGGGCCCCGAUCCCGAUCCCGAUCCCGCUUCUCCAUCCCGGCCGCCGUGCUCCCUCCCCGCUCCCGCACUCCCAGCCCUCGGCGGGGUCGCUCCCACCCCCAUUCCCGGCUUUUGGAAUUCCCCACCGGGCCUCCCGGCACGUCCCACCCCGGGUUUUGUAGGUCUGGCCUUGAAUUGUUUUUUAUUUUAUUUGUAUUUUUCCGCAGCUUUUUUUUACUGUUUCCCGUUUUUCCAGCCCCGAAUCUCCGCGGGCUGCCGGCUCGGGAUCACUUUGGGGAUCUGAUCCCGGCUUGGGAUCCCUUUAGGGAUCUGGGAUCCCUAAAGAGCAGCUGCCAACACCUGGUUUUUCCCCUAUAUUCCCAUUUUUUUCACCCCAAUAUUCCCAUUUUUCCCCCCAAUAUUCCCAUUUUUUGCUGGUUUUCCCUACUCUGGGUGCUACAGUUUUUGGGAUUUCCCCCCUCCCAGCCCUCCAGCAUCCGCAGGGAUCCCGGAUCCCAUCCCAGCAGCAUUCCCGGGCUCCCCACCCUCGCCCACCCCGGGGACAUCUCAGGGAUCACGAGGGGAGUCCCAAAGGAAUUUUUUUCCGGGAAUUCGGGGGUUUUUUUCCUUCUGGCGGAUGGUUUGGCCCGGGAUCAGCCGGAAUUCCCACAUUCCCAGUUCCCUCCGUGCCAGGUCACUGUGCUGGAAUCUCGAGGUGCCUUCAGGAGCAGAGCCCGGCUCUGCCCCGCGCGCAUUCCCGCUCCCUUCGGGCCGUUUUUAGGGAUUCUCCUGGAUUUUUCCAUGGAUUUUUGCUCCUUCCCAUCUCCCCCGGGGCGGCGCUCGGGGAGUUUGCAGUAAAAAAAAAUGGGUUUGGUCAAUUUUUGGGAUCGGGGGUCGUUUUCCAGGGGCUUUGGAGAGGGG